AAAUCCCAUAAUCAUGGACUAUAUAUUACUUCUUUUAUUUUUCUUUAUGUGGCUAAGCAUUCAUACUCUCAUCUCCAAAUUAGUAAUCAAAACUUCAAAAUCCCUUAAACUUCCACCGGGUCCUAACCCUUUUCCAAUCAUAGGAAACAUCUUAGAACUCGGAAAACACCCUCACAAAUCACUCACUAAGCUUUCUCAAAUUUAUGGACCCAUAAUGACUCUUAAGCUUGGUAACUUAACCACCAUUGUUAUUUCAUCUCCACAAUUAGCCAAAGAAGUGCUCCAUAAAAAUGACCAAAAUUUCUCUUAUAGAACUGUUCCGGAUACCGUUAAAGCUCAUGACCAUCACAUAUAUUCGGUGGGAUGGAUGCAACCUUCAUCUCAAUGGAGAAUACUUAGAAAAAUUUGUGCUACCAAAGUGUUCUCUUCACAACAACUUGAUUCCACACAAGUUGUUCGUCAAAGGAAAGUCAAAGAAUUGAUUGAUUUUGUGAAGAAAAAAAGUGAGACGUGCGAAGUUUUGAAUAUUAGUGAGGCUAUUUUUACAACCGUGUUGAAUUCGAUAUCAAAUACUUUAUUUUCCAUAGAUGUGGUCCAAUUUGGUUCUUCUAAGUCUCAAGAAUUCAAAGACAUCUUUUGUGGUAUCACCGAAGAAGCUGGAAAGCCUAAUGUUGUGGAUUACUUCCCAAUCUUUCGCAAGAUUGAUCCACAAGGUGCACAUGCUAGAAUGACCAAAUAUUACAAGAAGAUGAUUAAUUUUUUGGAUGGUAUUGUAGAAGAAAGAUUGAGACUAUUAAAGGGUCUAGAAAUGGACACCAAGGAAUAUAAAGAUGUGUUAGAUUAUGUGUUAGAAGUGAUGUUGGAGGACAAUUCUCAAAUCAAUCGUAUCCAUGUCUUGCAUUUACUUGUGGAUUUAUUCGUGGCUGGAAUAGACACAACAGCAAGCACUAUAGAAUGGGCAAUGACAGAGUUACUAUACAACCCAAAAAAACUACAAAAAGUAAAAAAUGAACUUGAAGAUGUUGUUGGCAAAGAACAACAACAAAUUGAAGAAAAACAUAUCUCAAAGCUUCCUUUUCUAAGAGCAGUGGUGAAAGAAACGUUUCGCUUACAUCCACCUUUUCCACUAAUACCACACAAGUCCAAAGAGGAUGUUGAAUUAUGUGGCUUCAAUGUGCCUAAAAAUGCACAAGUUUUGAUUAACAUAUGGGGUGUAGGAAGAGAUUCAAGUAUUUGGAGAAACCCUGAUGAAUUUAUACCUGAAAGAUUCUUGGAAAGUAGAAUUGAUUAUCAAGGAAAUGAUUGUGAGUUAAUUCCAUUUAGUGCUGGAAGAAGAAUGUGUCCUGGGUUACCAUUGGCUUAUAGAGGUGUUCACACUGUGUUGGGUUCUCUUCUACUUUGCUAUGAUUGGAAGCUUGUGAAGAAUGGACAAAAGGAAAAGGAUUUGGAUAUGUCUGAGAAAUUUGGACUUAGUUUGCAUAAGGCUAAGCCUCUUCAAGCUAUUCCCAUGCAAUCAUCAUCACAAUGAAGAUUAUGUUUUUAAUUUUAUAGAAAUGGAUUCUUUAUAUUAAUUCUCUAGCUUAUUAGCUUGCUUGUGAGUAACUGUGUAUGACAUCCUAACUGUUUUAUAUCUUUUGUUGGGAUAUAAUUUAAGGUGUGUUUGCCUUUAAAA